GUUGGACAUUACCUCACUCUGAAUGCUUUCUGGGGGGAGAAACGAGCGAGUAAUUAGCUGAUUAGAGGCCCGUCAGAGCAGCUCAGCCUCCAGCCAAUCCCAGCUCACACCGGCCUGCAGGGGUGGAGGAGGACGGCUGAUGGAGUGAGACGCAUGCCUCUUUGUGAAGUUAGUGGUAAACACACCAGGGCGGACGUAUACAGUUGAUGUUGCAGAGUGACAUAUGCAGGUACAGCAAUGCGCAUGCAAACAUCAGUGAUUCCUGUCUGUCAAAAAGUGUUUUCUAAGUCGUUAACGUGCAAGUUGAGCAUGUGUUAAUGUUCAUUUUUUGACAACUAUAAGUUGUGCAGCUCCGUCCACCCUGGACGUGCAUGAACAGAUAAGGAGGACACAUGAGUGUGUGUGCGCACCUGCCGAGCUUGACAAUUUUAGUUUUGUUUUAAAAAAAUCUUGAGUGAAGCCGUCAUGGAAAAAUCCAAAAACUUCAGAAUUGACGCCCUGCUCGCUGACGAGACCAAGACCAACCGUGUGAGCAGAGAGCUGUCCCCCGGCCUGAGCAGCGACAGCCCGGCGGGCAGCCCGGUGUCCUGCCGCCUCGGGGACACCCCUUCUCCACGUGCCGCGCAGCUCCAAGGAUUACUCCACAAACCGGGUCUUCUGAAUCUCCCUCACCCAGGACUGGCUUCGCUCCCCGGCAUGUACCACCACCACGCACCCAUGUACCCGUUGUCCGCGUUGGGUGGCCAGCACCCUGCCUUCGCUUACACCGGCUUCACGCACCUCACGCAGGCCUACCCGGAGCACCUGAAGGCGGCUGCCAUGGCGGGGUCUCUGCCGCUGGAGCACUGGAUCCGGGCCGGGAUCAUGAUGCCACGACUGCCAGACUACACGGGCCCUCAGUCUGGUUUGUUGGGGAAGUGCCGGAGGCCCCGAACCGCCUUCACCAGUCAGCAGCUGCUGGAGCUGGAGAACCAGUUCAAGCUCAACAAGUACCUUUCCAGACCCAAACGCUUUGAAGUGGCCACCUCACUCAUGCUGACUGAAACACAGGUCAAGAUCUGGUUCCAAAAUCGGAGGAUGAAGUGGAAACGUAGUCGAAAGGCAAAGGAGCAGGCCUCCGCCUCAGCCCAGUCUGACGCAAAGCUACUGCGCAGCGGAGGAAAAACAGCCACAGACAAAUCAAAGGAGAGUCGACAAGCUGCAAAUCCAGACAACAGAGGCAUAGAACUUGAUCUGGAGGAUGAGGAGGAAGAGGAGGAGGAUGAGGAGGAGGAGGAGGAGGAUGAUGAGGAGGAAGAAGAGGAGGAUGCCCAGCACGGCUUUCCUGUCGGGAUGCCGCGAGCCACGGACUUCUUGCAGCGCAGCACCGAUGUUGGCUACAAUCCCCACAGCCCUUUCUCUGAUGAGGAGCUGGAGGGGGUGCAAGUAGGAGGAGGGGACAGGAAGAUCGGGGCCGGACUGUGAACAGACACUCAGGAAACACCAGUUUGUUUUCCUGAGAAUCACAGACACAUUACACUGGGACAUGUCUGUGUUUGUGGUCACUGACAAUUUCCAGACACACACAAAUACUCCGUAUAAACCAUCUGUGAAUAAAAUCAUCUCUAAGCACUGUACAUUUCAUAGCAUGCCAAUAAAAAAAAAAAGAAGGUGCUCAUUUCCUCCAGAAAUGUUCCUGUUUUCAUUCCAAUCACCUUCUGGUCACCUUGUCUUUGCUCCAUCCACUGACAGCUGGAGCUCCACCCAGUGAACACACAUGACUGAAGGAUGCGUACAGUGUAUGCGUACAGGAUGCACAGUAGCCCGGGGCAGCCUCCCCUGCAUCAUGAAGACAAAAAUGCUUUGUUUUGGGGGAAAACACAUUGCAGGACACCUCAUGUAUUGCAUUUACUUUUGUGCAUUUAAUGUGUAACUAUUGGGGGAUUCUUUUGUUCUUGAUGUUUAUGAAUUUGUUCUCGUCCCUUAAAUGUAAAUGAACUUAAUUUAUUUGAAUGAUUGCAAAGAUGAAUCAUACGUGUAUUUAUCUGAAACUUGUUUGUGGUGUUACUGUGAAAUACAA